AUGGAAGACCCCUCUUCGGAGAACAACCUAACAAGAGACGGCGUUCCCAAGCCUAUCCCGAAGGUGGUGAGAAACGGCACGUCCUAUCAGCUCCUGGUUGAUGGAGCCCAGUUCAUAAUCCUUGGCGGGGAGCUAUCUGCUUCCUCUAUGACCUCUGAUCUCUAUGUCUCCCGUCUCUGGGGCAACAUUCGUAGAACCGGAGCCAAUACCAUCUUUGGUGCGGUUGCAUGGGAUACCAUCGAACACAUCGAGGGCCAGUUUGAUUUCUCCACCCUGGACAACAUCAUUAUACAAGCGCGCGAGAAUGAGAUGCGUAUGGUGUUGCAGUGGUUUGGGUCUCUCAAGGGUGGCCACUCUGACAACCUCUCUGACUACGCCCCUCCUUGGGUCAAGCAUGACUCGAAACGUUUCCCGAGAAUGAAGAUACGUGACGACAUCUACAACGAUGAGGGAGAAGUCAUCGGCAAGGCCAAGCGUACAAUCGAGUCCGUUUCCCUUUUCAACUUUGAGCUUCUCGACGCAGAAAAGACAGCUUUCCGGUGUCUAAUGAAGCACAUUCGAUCCAUUGACAAACACAAACGCACUGUCAUCAUGAUUCAGGUUGGCACUCAUAUCGGUCUCACACGGGACUUCCGCGACUAUUCGGUGGCCACUAACGCUGCAUUUGGAGGUGAUGUCCCCAAUGAUUUCAUGGCUUACUACCAGAGCCUAGGCUCUGCUAUUGAUGUCUCCGAAUCUCACACUUGGAAUCAGUUUGCCAUUGACGUUGACGAAGCGGAAGAGCUUUUCUCUGCCUACACCUUUGCCUCGUACACGCUCAAGGCAUCUUCUAUGGGUCCCCGCAAGAUAAGAAAAGCAUUGGAAUUUGGAAAGCAUCUUGCUCCCAAAGUCGACUUCAUUGCCCCACGCAUGCUUCAUGCACCGUACGAAAAGACGUGUCAGGCCUGGGGCAGCGAGAACAAGCAACCUCUUCUCAUCCAGGCUCAUCCUCAGGGCCAAGAUGACAUCUGCAAUCUAUGGUCUGCUUUCGGCACACACGCUGCCAUCGGAGUCGUCAUGAUGAAACUAGACCGCAUCGAUAUUACACAAACGCACAUACCAGCUCAUUACAAGUUCUUGAGGCGUCUGACACCUAUACUUUUGGCGGCUCGUCAGAACAAUAAGCAUGUAGUGGGCUUCUCAUUUGGCCCCUCCAACAACUUCGGGGCCCAGACAAAAACGCCUAUCAAGACCACUUUUGACGGGCUUCGCAUCAUCAUCGACCGCUUUGUCGAUGCUGGACACCGUGGUGGAGGAUGUGGUCUCUUGAUUGAGCGCGAACAUGGCAAGGUCCUCCUCACUGUACAUGGCUACCAACUGAAAGCUAGAUCGGUCUCUCCGAAGGCGGUUUUCACUCGGGUCCUCGAGUUUGUUAAGAAAGAACUGGAGGCUGGACAGCCUGGGAAUCUGCGUACUCUACGCACAUUUCAUGCUUAG